UCAAAGAAUUAAUUCAAUUCGGAAUUAACCUGAACGCAAAGGACACAAACGGAAUGAAUGCACUUCAUCUUUUGUGUCGGUACUAUUCAAACGAAAAAUUAAUCGACACAAUUAAACUCGUAAUCGAAAGCGGAAUCGACGUGAAUGCAAGGGACAACAAUGGAAUGAAUGCCAUUCAUUAUUUGUGUCGAUACCAUUCAAGCAAAAACUUAAUCGACGCAAUUCAAAUUUUAAUUCAACUCGGAAUCGAUGCGAACGCAAAAAGCAACGAUGGAUCAAAUGCGCUCCAUUAUUUAUGUCGAGACAAUUCAAACCCAAAUUUACUCGACGUAAUCGGUGUUUUGGAUACAUUCGGAGUGAGUAUGAUGGUGCCGGACAACGCUGGAUGGGGUGCAUUAUACUAUUUGCAAAAUAAAGAUAAGAAAGAGAUGAAAAUUUGGUUCGACCGUGAAAACCCAAUAGGGGAAGGUGGCUUUGCUAUGGUAUGUAAAGGGAAGUUCGGAGGUCGUGAAGUGGCAGUAAAAAGAGUUGAAAUGCGUCACGUGGACAAAAUAGAAGAAGAAGCAAUGCUGAAGUUAGAUCAUCCAAACAUCGUCAAACUUCUUCACUGUGAAAAAGACAACGACUUUAUGUACUACGCAUUGGAAUUAUGUGUCGCUUCUUUAGAUCAACUUUUUCUGAAGGAUGGAUAAUCCCAAAAAUACAACGAACGUAUACUACCUCCUAUCGAAAUAUUCCGUCAAUUAGCCACAGGCCUGGAAUACAUCCAUUCAAAGAAUUUAAUACAUCGGGACAUUAAACCGGAAAACAUCCUCAUUAUGCGAAAGCCUGGAAAAUAUGAAAAUAUAAUAAUGAAAUGGUCUGAUUUUGGACUGGCCAAAUCCGUAAACGAAAAGGGACUUCACUCGUGGACUGGAGUGAGAGGAACGAGAACUUGGUACGCACCCGAAGUGCUGGAAAAACUCAACAACGAUCAAAACGUGAAAAAUAAUAAGUUUUGGGGCACCGUCAAGAGCGAUGUGUUCGUUCUCGGCAUUGUCUACGGUUAUAUUUUUUUGGAGGGAGAACAUUUAUUCGGCUCAAGUGAAACUGAAAUUCACAAGAACAUCAUUGAAAAUAAUCCAGUGAAUAUGACGAAAAUUGAUGGCGAACUGCGCAAAUAUUAUGAGAAUGACUUACUAACGAAAAUGUUGGAAUAUGAUACGGAAAAAAGAAUGAAUUCGACAGAAGUCGUCAAUCAACUGGCAUCCAUUAAGAAUAAAUUGACUGAAAAAGAAACAGAAUUUCGACAACUUUUUGCUGGUUACACUUCGGCUGAUCUAGUUGGAAGAAUCAACGACUUAAUUCGCCUUGGAAUCGACGUGAAUGCAAAGGGCAAAUAUGGUGAGAAUAUGCUCCAUUAUUUGUGUGAAUCAAAUUCAAGCCCAAAUUUAAUUGACGCCAUUCAACUUUUAAUCCAACUGGGAAUUGAUGUGAAUGCAAAGGACAAAUAUGGAAGGAAUGCGCUCCAUUUUUUGUGUGAAUCAAAUUCAAGCCCAAAUUUAAUUGACGCCAUUCAACUUUUAAUCCAACUGGGAAUUGAUGUGAAUGCAAAGGACGAUUUAGGAAGGAAUGCGCUCCAUCAUUUGUGUUGGUUAAAUUCAAGCCCAAAUUUAAUUGACGCCAUUCAACUUUUAAUCCAACUGGGAAUUGAUGUGAAUGCAAAGGACAAAUUUGGAAGGAAUGCGCUCCAUUUUUUGUGUGAAUCAAUUUCAAGCCCAAAUUUAAUUGACGCCAUUCAACUCUUAAUCCAACUGGGAAUCGAUGUGAAUGCAAAGGACAAAUAUGGAAGCAAUGCGCUCCAUCAUUUGUGUUGGUUAAAUUCAAGCCCAAAUUUAAUUGACGCCAUUCAACUCUUAAUCCAACUGGGAAUUGAUGUGAAUGCAAAGGACAAAUUUGGAAGGAAUGCGCUCCAUUUUUGUGUGAAUCAAUUUCAAGCCCAAAUUUAAUUGACGCCAUUCAACUCUUAAUCCAACUGGGAAUUGAUGUGAAUGAAAAGGACAAAUUUGGAAGGAAUGCGCUCCAUUUUUUGUGUGAAUCAAUUUCAAGCCCAAAUUUAAUUGACGCCAUUCAACUCUUAAUCCAACUGGGAAUCGAUGUGAAUGCAAAGGACAAAUAUGGAAGCAAUGCGCUCCAUCAUUUGUGUUGGUUAAAUUCAAGCCCAAAUUUAAUUGACGCCAUUCAACUCUUAAUCCAACUGGGAAUUGAUGUGAAUGCAAAGGACAAAUUUGGAAGGAAUGCGCUCCAUUUUUUGUGUGAAUCAAUUUCAAGCCCAAAUUUAAUUGACGCCAUUCAACUCUUAAUCCAACUGGGAAUUGAUGUGAAUGAAAAGGAAUUUCAGGGAAAGAAUGCGCUCCAUUAUUUGUGUGGAUCAAAUUCAAACCCUAAUUUAAUUGACGCCUUUCCACUUUUAAUCCAACUGGGAAUUGAUGUGAAUGCAAAGGACAAUGAUGGAAGGAAUGCUCAAAGUUAUUUACGCGAUAAUGAUAAGAUUAGCAACAAGGACGAAAUCCUAAAACUGCUCGACGAAGCACUUCAUGUUUGUAUCAUGACUCAUCAUGACUCUUGGCGAUGCAAUGCACUUUAACGGAAAAUAAAAUAUGGCGACUGUUGUAUACUCGGAAUAAUUUUGCCAUUUACUCCUUGAAAACUCAAAAAUCCCGCUUUCUUGGGUGUAUUGCUCAGGCCGACGGACUUUCAAAAAUAAAAAUAAUGACUACAUCGUCAUAGAGUCUUAUCAAUUUAUGACUCCUUUAGCCAUGUUGAUUGCGACUCAUUCGACAAUUUAUAAAUUCGAUGUGGGCAAACGACUUUAAAAUAAAAGAAAGUAUCAAAGCAAAAAACAAGUGAUUCAAUAUCGGUUCAACAAGCCUCUUCUCUCAUU